AUGUCCGCUGCUACAGCAAAGAAACCGCCCGCUGCGGGCGUCGGUCGCGUUUCCUCGACAGAUUCUGCAUCAACCCCUUCUGCUUCUCCUGCGAGAACGCCAACGCGAUCCUCCACGCCCACGGCUGCAUCUGCUGCGCGCAGAGCACCAGCUCGCUCAGGAACUCCCGUUUCCGCUCGUGCAGCUGCAACAAGGCGGGAUUCUGUCCUGAGCAACAGCAAUGGCAACGGUAGUUCUGAGGCCGAGGAGGCUGCGAGAGCCGAAACCCUUGCGCUAUUGGACGACCUCAAGGAACGCCUUUCCAAGGCCGAGAUCUCCUCUGAUCAGUACAGGAAACAGGUCGAAGUGCUGCAGACGAGAUUAGACGAUGCAAUCAAGGAGUCUUCCAAGCUGGAGGAGAAGGUGCACGAAACUGAAGAGCAGAUUGAGUCGCUGAAAAAUGAGAAGAGAGAUGCCGCCAAGAAGAUGCGAGAGAUGGAAGCAAUCUACGAGGCCGAGCGAAGCUCCAUGACCAAGGAGAAGGAAGAAAUGUCCAACAGAGAGGAGGAGAUGCAGACCAUCAUCCAAAGACUGAAGGACAACUUGUCGCAGCGGAAUGAUGAGGAGGGCCCAGCAGCAACAUCUCCCAACGUUGACAACGGCAGUUUCGCCCCUCCUUCGUCCCUCAACCGCAGCGAUUCACGAAACAACUCGAAGCUUUUGCUCCAGAAGGAUAAGCUGAUCGAAUCACUGCGGCUCGAACUUGCCGAGGCCCAAAUCAAGCUGGUCGAGUCUGAGAACCAGGGUGGCGGCAGACUGCAGGAGGUUGAACGCCUGCUGAUGGAAGCCCGCAUGGCCAAUGCCCGCCUCAUGGAGGAUAACGAGAGCUACCAACUGCUUCUCCAGGAGAAGACGCUCAAUGGUGAUUUCUCUAAGAAUGAUUUCAGCUACAUGGGUGUUUCCGCCAACCAGGAUGCGCUCAAUGCGCUGGAGGGCCGGUCCGGAGGCGCAAGCUUGGCAGAUGAGCUGUCCGAGGAUGCAUCAGAUGCCGGUGGUAACGACAACGAGCAUUCCCGCCGCCUCGAAUCGGAGCUCAAGUCCAUGAAGGACCAGAACAAGGCAUUGACCCUUUACAUCAACAAGAUCAUUGAAAGGCUUCUGCAGCACCAAGAUUUCGAGCACAUCUUGGAUACCUCCACCGAGAUCAAGCCGGCUGCAAACACCAACAAAGAUCUCCCCGCUCCGCCGAAGGAGGGCGCGUCCGGAGCGUCGCUAUUGCAGCGAGCCAAGACCAUGGCUGUCGGCCCGAACAAGCCCAAACAAAGGCCCAUGUCUUACAUGCCAUCGGCCCAACCAGCCAACUCGGCACAUACGGACCCAGAGACGGCGCCUCGCAUUCCUAUCGGGAAUAUGACCCGUUCCUCCAGCACCCGCCGUGCGCGCCCGAUGAGCGAGCAGUUCACUGGUGUUAACCUCGUCAACCAGAUGUACCGGGGACCGGAUGGACCUAUUUCCCCGCCCCUCGGCUCCCCUCGUACUCCGCGAACGUCGCAGACCUUCUUCGGUGGCAACCCCAAUGCAGCCGCGCGGGCACCCAGCGGUCAGCAAGCACCCACAGCAGGUAACUUCCCGGGCAUGCGCAGCGAGACCUCGAGCACCAGCGGCGACUCCAACGACCUCACUGGUACGCCUCCUUCGCAGUCCCCUCCGCGGUCUCACCACGAGAAGCAGACCACUUUUGCUGGCAACAAGCCCCGUCCUCUGCGCCUGGUGCAGGAGAACAACGAGGCCAAGCAGGAGAACAAUAAGCGAUCCAGCUGGAUGGGCUGGGCCUCCGGCUGGGGCAAGAAGGAGGAGGGCGCCGCUGCCCCCGGAUCCAACGAAGCCAUCCCCGAGUAA